GUCUGGCUAGGAAAAGAAAUAUAAAUACGCAUGUGAUUAUUAGAAGAAAUGAUGUUAAAAGAGAGAGAAAGAUACGAGAGAAAAUGGAGAGAAAGUGAGAGAGAGAGAGAGAGAUAAAGCAGAGGUUGACUUCGCUUUGCUGAGAAGGCAAAGAGCUCGAAAGAGAGAAGACUAACUCUCAUCAGCGACGAAUGUCUGAUCCGUUGAAGAUGGCGGCCGAGACGGAGGAGAUUAAACCAGUUCCAGCAGCAAUGGGAGAAAAGAAGGAUGUGGUGUUGUGUAAGAAGAUAGUGGAAACUCUGGGAGGAGGUGGUGAUCAAAGAGUAUUGCUGGUUGGCGAAGCUGGGAUCGGGAAGACAAGGAUGGCACAAAUGGUUGACAAAGAAGCCUCUAAGGAUGUUCUUUGCUACCAGACUCUCUGGUUGCAUCUCAACAGGAAGUUUAAAGUCAACGACAACUAUAUCAAGGAGAAGAAGUUUGAAGACGAAUGGUCUCUUUAUGAGAACAUAGCUUCACAGCUAUCUUUAUACUCUGAUUUUGAAGAGACUGAAGUCGGUGAAAGAGAUGAAGAUGAGGAAGAGGAGAAGAAGGUUGAAGAUUUGCUCAAGGAUUUGAAGCCCAAGAUUGAGAAGUAUCUCUUGGAAAAGAAGGAAGCCGUCGUGAAAAAAUUGGAGGAUGACAAGAAGAAGAAGGAGAAGGAAGCCGCAGAGAAACUGGAGGCUGAGAAAAAACUGGUGGAUCCGGCUGCGAAAAAAGCAAAAGACCAUGGAAACAAGAAUCCAACCGAUGCCGCAAAGGAGAAAACGACUCAAGUAGUAGCCGGAGGAGAGGAUAAAGCUCAGACAUCAUCUGAAAGAAAGCCGUAUCUUCUUUUGAUUCUUGACGAUGAAGGAAUGACCAGUGAGUACGAGGUGAUGGUGCAUUUAGGCCUUGAGGAUUUUCUGAAAGAUCACACACCUCGAAAAAUCCUUAUUACAAGAAGACAAGAAACUGAGGAGGCUACAAAAUCUGGUGAGCAUGCUGAGGGGGAGGCAAAUGAUUCGCAAUCCGGGGAAAAGAAAGAGGACACAGAUGGUGAAGACGAAAUUAGAUCAGCUGAUAAGGAGGAACCUGAGUCUCAAGCCCGGGUCAAAACAGAGGAGAAACAUGAAAAAGUUGUACCUCCUACCAUAGAUGACUUAUGGGGGAGCACAAACACUUAUGGUGAAAUUACGUUCCAGACCACAAAUGAGUCACAAGAUUUACUUGAAUCAUUCAACCUAAAGGAGGCAGAGGCUUUAUUUACUUCGUCCAUGUUUUUCAAGGAUAUGCCAAAUUUUUUCUUUGACCCCGUUCCUGGGACUGAUGAGAAACUGUUAAACCACAUGCUGAAAAAGAGCAAGAGUUUGCCAGCUGCAAUCAACGUGCUCGCCAAGUCCCUAGAGUACACUGUCAAGAGCAAGUCCUAUAAGCUUAAUAAGGACGAAGAAGAGAGGUUACUAAAAGAAAAGAUAGAAAUGGUUCUCUCGGCUGAGCGGGGUAAUCCAUCCGACCAGGAAUCUAGUUCUGAGAGCCCUAAGAAAGCAAGUGGAGAAAAUCCAAUCCUGCUUCUUGCAUACAAGCUGUUCAAAACCGAUGGUCCAUUGAAGGAUACAAUAUUGGAUUGUUUUUGGCAUAGCUUGGACUUCUUUGAGCAUUGUGGCUGUGUUUACUACCGUGACCUGAUCACACAAUGGAUACUUGAAGGCUACUUUGAUCCUGUUAGGUCUGUCGAAAAGGCGUACCAGGAUGGUCAUUCUAUCUUCAUGGAGCUUAUAGACCGCGGAAUGCUGAAGAUACAAGAAAACAAUGUGGUAGUACCAGAGAUGGCGAUGAGAAAUGUAAUUGAUCCUCGACGUGGUGGGCAUUUAGGGAAAUCUCGGCUUGGAUUUUCUAGAGUCUAUGGUGGUAACAAGAGAAAAGGAAUAGGGAAAAUCACCCAACUUGAUGAUAUGAUUAAAACAGUGCAAGCAAAGAAAGGAGACAAGAUUACCACGAUUCUGGUUAGUGGAGAUCGUCUGCGUCGCGUAACUCCUAAAAAGUUCUUCAAGAAUCUGAAAGAGCUUGAAGUACUUGGCCUUUUUGAGCCCACAGUAAAACCAUUUGUCCCGUCUUUUUCAGAUCAGCUCAAACUCCUCCGGGUUCUUAUAAUCAGGGACUGUGAUCUCCUGAAAAGCAUUGAAGAGCUUAAGGCUCUUACAAAGCUAAAUACUCUUGAAGUUUCUGGUGCUAGCUCCCUGAGCAAAAUAUCUGAAAAAUUCUUUGAGUCAUUUCCUGAACUCCGAAGUCUUCACCUCUCUGGGCUUAAGAUCGAGUCUUCCCCUCCCAGUAUUUCUGGCCUGAAGGAACUUCACUGUCUCAUCAUCAAAGACUGCCCUUUAUUGCAAGAUCUGCCAAACAUACAAGAACUAGUAAAUCUUGAGGUUGUUGAUGUUUCUGGUGCUAGUGGGCUUCGAACUUGUUUCGACAACGCAGAUGGUGCCAAGAAAAACAAGAGCAAAAACAAAAACUUUUAUCUUCUUACAAAACUUCAGCAUCUUGACUUCUCGGGGAGCCAAAUAGAGCGACUGCCAAUAUUCCAGGAUUCUGCGGUGGCCGCCAAGCUUCACUCCUUGACUCGGCUCUUGUUGCGCAACUGUAGCAAAUUGAGAAGGUUGCCUAGUUUGAAGCCCUUGUCAGGACUUCAAAUUCUUGAUCUUUCUGGCACUACGAGCUUAGUGGAAAUGCUUGAAGUGUGCUUCGAGGAUAAGCUUGAACUCAAAACUCUUAAUCUCUCGGGAACUAAUCUUAGCGAGUUGGCUACCACCAUCGAGGACCUGUCCAGUCUCAACGAACUCCUCCUACGUGAUUGCAUCAACCUAGAUGCCAUCCCAAACAUCGAGAAACUAGAAAAUCUCGAAGUCAUUGAUGUUUCCGGCAGUGCCAAGCUGGCAAAGAUUGAGGGAUCAUUUGAGAAAAUGUUUUACCUACGUGUAGUGGAUCUGUCUGGAACCCAAGUGGAGACACCAGAGUUGCCAGCGGAUACCAAAAUCCAUUGUCUGAAGCGUUUUACUCGGGCAGAUGGAAAAUGUUUUGAACGUGACACAUGGAGAGAAAUAAAGGAAGACAUUGAACGUGAUAGGUCUGAGAAUGCCAGCUCCUCUGAUGCAGUUGUUAUAUCUCAAGAAAUCACAGAAAAGAAGCCUGUAGAAAUAAGAGAGGUUGAAUCGAAUGCACCUCGCGCCAGUGAUUGUACCGAGAAAGUAGAUGUCAACAAGGAACGUCUUCUUAAAGUCCCCAUAGAUAGGGCUCUAUAUCAGAAGGCACUAACAUCACUUGUUGAUUCCAAAAUUCCACAAGAAGAAGUCUUGGAGAUCAAUGAAACUAAUAAGCUAGAUGAGGAAGCACUAGCUAGUGCUGAGUUUGUGUCUUUUGUGGACUGUACUCCUGAAAGGGUCAAAUCUAUCUUUGAGAAGGCCAAAUUGGUGAAGGGUUGCUGGCUAAGGAUGUGCUUUGACAUAAAAGACCCUUUCGAUGGUGUGGAUGAGGAGAACUUGAAAUCACUGGAGACUUUAUCGAUUACAAACCUUCUCUCAUUGGAGACUAUAAGCUUUAUUGCUAAGUUAGAGAAUCUGAAGAACCUAAGCUUAGAUUGCUGCCCGAAAAUCAAAACGAUUUUCCCGGAGAUGCCUGCCAGCCUACCAGUCCUGAAUUUAAAGCAUUGUGAGAACCUGGAGAAAGUUGUUGUAGGAGUUGAAGUGUCAACUCACACUAAUCUGGAUUUGAAAGUGGAGAAUUGUCCAAAAUUCGGGGUCGUAUGUGCUUGAGUCGUCUUGCAACAUAUCUUGUCUCUUUUCAGCUUCAUCUUAGCAUUUUACACUGCGUGUAUUUGCAGGACUACGUAAUGGUUGACCACAGUGAUGUACCUCCACCACAUGAAUGCUGAUCAUAAAAGAGGCUGGAGCAAGAUCUACUUACACAGUACUAAACAUCUGGAUCGUUGCCUCUUUAAUCAUUUUCAUACUUUUUUCCUACGUGUGCCUGAAGCUUUGCGUGUUGAAUAACGACCGGCAUUGAAACAUUAUCUUGCGGGUUUUAUUUUUACUGUUUCAUGUUUCUGUUUCUGUUUUAAGAUAUUUUCUGCUGUAAAAUCCCAGGCAUAGUGUUCUGUUCUUGUCUGGGUGAAUAAGACCAUUGUUUUGAUUGUUUUUCUUUUCUCAAAUAUUAUUUGAAAUUUCUCUGUUUGAAAGAUCUUAUAAGACAGUUUAAGGCUUUACGAUAAAUAUUUAAUUUAUACAAGCAGGAAUGUGUGUAUCUUGUU